AUGACUGUUAAGUUUGUAGUUCCGGAGCGAUUCACUAAACUUGUUGCUGAUAUACAAAAUGGCGACCCCUUCGAUUUUAUUGAUCAUUUAAAUGUUUUUUAUGAUAUUAAUUUUCAAGAUCCAAAUACAGGAGACUCUCUUCUUCAUUCCUGCAUAAAUUACUGCAAUUAUCCAGCAUUAGUUGAGCUCAUCAGCAGAAAAGCAGACGUAAAUAUUAAAAAUAAGCAAGAAUUAACACCUUUACACAUCGCAAUUUGGAAAGGAUUUCUUCAUCUUGCAGCACCAUUACUUAAAGCUGGUGCUAAUCAGGAUGCUGCAGAUAGUGGAGGUCGUGUUCCAUUAUAUUUCGCUGUCGAACGUGGUGAUAUCCGUUCUAUGCGUUUAUUACUUGAUUUCCAUGCGGAUCCGAACGUAGUUGUAGGAAAACGCAGUCUUCUUGCAAUUGCUUCUCGUAAAGGCUAUCCAGAAGCUAUCAAACUUUUGCUAGAUUCUGGAGCUAUCUUCAAUCGUGGCCAAUCACAUCCACUUAUUGAAGUUUUAGUCAGUGGUAACAGAGAAGCAUUUGCAGUUCUUGUUCAUGAGCGUGAACACGAACUGCCUUAUUUAAUUAUAGAUAAUAAGCCAUUUAUUACAAUAGCUAUUAAAGAAAAGACAAUGCUUUUACCAGUUAUUGCUGCUAUCAUCAAGAAAUAUACAGAAGAAGCAAUCGCAAACGGAGAUAAUAAAGUUACGCCAUUUCCACCACCAGAUCUUACAGGACCAGAGAAAACACGUCUUGAAAAGGCUCUUAAGGUUACUGACUCUCUUAUUCCAAUAGAUACUGUUAACGAAAAAGUUAAAAAACUCAAAUCUCCUUGGAGUGCAAGAGGCAUCGAUGAAUUCGAGUGUCUUGAAGCAUCAUAUGCUGGUGGUGAUACAGUUUAUGGUGAAUUUGAAAUUCCUGGCGGUCAACUCAUCGGAAAUUAUAUUCCAGAUGAUGAGAGCAACCAUAACUAUCAAUUAGAUCCGGCUCUUGAUGACCAAUCAGUGCGGAGAGAUUAUUUCGAUGAAAAUAAAGUUGAUGAUAGCGAAAACGGUCAAAAAGUUCCUCAAACACCUAAAUCUACCUAA